AUAAACACAAAAUGAUUAUUAUUAAAUAAUAUUUACAACGAUUGUUUAAAUCCAUUUAUACAUAAGCGCAACAAAAAAAAAAAAAAGUUUAGAGAAUGAACGUUUUUAGAAUCGUUAAAAAUGGAUUUCGACGACAUUUAUUUCUAAGCAACACAAUUAGUUCAGCAGCAUUAAUGUCCAUUGGUGAUAUGAUCGAACAAUUUCAUGAAAUACAAAAAUCACAACAUUCAUUUGACUGGUUGCGAAAUUUCCGUAUGACCUUGGUGGGUGUUGGAAUGGGUUGCAUUAAUCAUUAUUAUUAUACUUGGAUCGAUCGAAUGUUUAAAGACGCAUCCACAAAACAUGCCAUGAUCAAAGUAGUCGCUGACCAACUUCUCGCCUCGCCUAUGUGCAUAGCAUUUUUGUUUUAUUUUGAUGGGUUUUUGCUAAGACAAAAUCUUCAGACUAUUAAUGAGGAAAUGGGUGACAAGUUUUUUACCAUUUAUACCGCUGAUUGGUGUUUUUGGCCGCCAUUACAAUACAUAAAUUUCAAAUAUGUUCAUCAUGAUUAUCGAGUAGUUUAUUUAAAUACCAUCCAAAUGUUUUAUAAUAUAAUUUUAACGCAUCUGAAAUAUAACGAUAUCGAUGACACUGAUAAACAAUCUAAAGACGUUGAACCAAUAGUUGUAACACGAUUUGUAUCUCUGGAAGGAUACAUGGAAGGGUAUCAUAAUAUUAAGCAUUGAAAUUUUUAUAACAUUUUUUAAUAGAAUUUCGUUAUGAUACAAAGUUUUAUUUGUAUUUCGUUAAUACAAAUUGUCUAUGUUAAUAUUCAGAAACGUUUCGUAUACAUACAUGUUCAGAAACGAUUUUUGAAUGCAUGUUAUAGACAGAUCUAGUUGACGCAAAAUGUUUUGAAAUUCAUUUGCAUCAAAUUUUUAUAAGCUUUUAUAAAGCUUGGAAUGUUUUCUUAAUUAAUGUAACAUUAUUUUUAAAAAAAUAGUCUCAGAGGAAAAUGGGAAAAUAAUUAAAAAAAAUUGUCGAUUGAUUUUAUUCGAGAAUUUUCGCGAAUCCUCGUGUUUAAGACUCGUCUAGGAUUUGCAGGCUGUAAUUUAUAGAGUGUUUAAAAAUUGGAGUACCUUUUGAGUUAAUGAAUACUGAAGUGGGUGCAGCAUUUUAUCUUUUAGUUCUAGAAAAAAAAACUGCACUUAAGAAGGAUACAAGCGAUUAUUAGGAAUCCGAUUGUGGUAUCCUUCUUAUUUUGUUUAAUUUCACUCAAUAGGAAAACAGUGUUAAAAUUCAAUGAAUAUAUUUCUGCAAUUUUUUGCCAGCCAUGAUUUACUAUUACGUCGUUUCAAGUGAUGUAAUUAUGAUAACAAUUAGCCGACCGUUUUUAGGAGCAUUUGUGUAAUAAAAAUCGUACUUUUAUUUAGCGAAAUUUGGGUUCUUAAAGCUUGAUGAUCUAUAUUAGGUUAGGUUAGGUUAGAGUGGUUGUCCUGGGGUGGGACACAC